CGGACUCCGCGACGCCGGGACCUAUUUCACGUGGAUUCUGCUCGGUUCUCAGAUGUCAAUCAGGGCGCAGUAACUUCGACCAAAGUAGCAAGAGGAAAUUAAAAAAAAAACAACGCAGGAUUAAGUGUCGUGUUCGUGUUCCUACACAUGCCGGGCCGUUUUUAAACCCCCGGUCGUUGUAAGCUCUCCAGCGGGGUCUCGUGGUCCGGCUCCUCCAUGCUCCUGCACCAGUACAUGAACCCCGGCUCCCUGGAAGUCAUGCAUCCCCCGGCGCUGCAGAAGGACACCACGUUCACCAAGAUCUUCGUGGGGGGGCUGCCCUACCACACCAACGACGCCUCCCUCAGGAAGUACUUCGAGGCGUUCGGGGACAUCGACGAGGCGGUGGUGAUCACCGACCGACAGACGGCCAAGUCCCGGGGAUACGGCUUCGUGACGAUGACGGACCGGGGGGCAGCAGAGAGGGCCUGCAAGGACCCCAACCCCAUCAUCGACGGCAGGAAGGCCAACGUGAACCUGGCGUACCUGGGGGCCAAGCCCCGCAGCAUGCAGACAGGCAUAUCCCUGGGCGUGCAGCCCCUCCACCCGGCCCUCAUCCAGAGGCAGUAUGGGUUGGCCCAGCAGUACGUGUACCCCCAGGCCUUCAUGCAGCCCGCCCUGGUGCUGCCCACCCAGGUGUCCAGCUCCCUGGGCAGCAGCCCGUACCUGGACUACAGCGCCGCCUACAGCCAGUACGCCCAGGCCGCCUUCGAGCAGCAGUACCCGUACGCCGCCUCCCCGGCCGGCUUCCUGAGCUACAGCUACCCCAGCAGCCCCGCGGCCCCAGGGGGGGGCACGGCCGCCGCCACGGCCGCCCAGGCCGCCGCCGCCGCCGCUACUGCCGCACAGGCCCAGCCCUUCCUGCACUACGCCCCGCAGCAGCACAUCCAGCCGGACCGCAUGCAGUGAGCCGGGAUGGAUGGAUGGACGGGGACGGGGAGGGGGGGUGCAGGACGGGGGGAGGAGCUGCCGUGGACCUUUUGGGACAGAGGAUGAAAGAAAGAGACGCCCUGAAGGGGGUCCCUGCUGUCGCCAGCAGCAGCAGCGUUCAGGAAACGCGGGUGGGACUAUUGCACUAUACGAUCAGAGCGGCCCGCUGGCUCGCCAAUGCCAGGGGGAGGACCUGGGGGUUCAGGUUGUGAAGCUAAACAUACAGUAUGUGGUCACUUCCAAGGGCUUCCAGAAGCUGACACUUCAUUAGUUUUUUUUAUUAUCAUAAUUAUUAUAAUUAUUGUUGUAAUUGUCCUAUCUUAUAAUAUUAAUGUCCUUGUCAUUGUUUGCCAUUAUUAUCCCUGUUGGCAUGUUUUUGGCUCAAUCAGUGGAAGUUCCACACGUCCAUGGUACAUGCCAGCGCGCCCUCCCUCCACCCGUCUGGGACACGCGGGGGGGACGUGACGGAGUCCGCUGGGGGGGGCGGUGCUUAGGGAGGCCCAACGCCACCAGAGAGUCCACCUCCAGGUUCCCCUGUUUUAGGACUCACCGUUUAGUUUUGUUACUAUUAUUUUAAUUCGAGAGGCCUUAAUAAAACAAAAGUUUAUUUUUGACUCUCCUGAUAUUUCAAGUGCCCCCCCUGAGGCCCUGAGUGCCGGAGCUCACGUGGAUGUAGAUAAUCAGCAGCAGCAUGUGGGGGACGGGGACCAGACGCCUCCUCCUUUAGCAUGUUGAAAGGUAGCGACACUGAGCUCAGACUGCUGGGGUUUGUCUCCUGUGGGCUUUUUCUUUUCUAUUCACCGGGAUCGUCAAACUAUUGCUCUGUAAAGGACAUUCAUGUGCAGCAUUUCUAGAUGUCAGUCAAGUACAAUUUUCAAUAUUUAUAUGUAGGUAUUUAUGAGGUACUAAGUUAAAAUAUUUGUUUGUUUUAUUUCAUUUUUACUCUUGACCGUAGUCGUGGCACCAGUGUCGGUGGAAGUGGCCGUGCUCACUCUCAGAUCGCUGACUGGUUUCCUUGGAAAUACUUUAGUUCUUUUCCAUUUUUUUUUUCUUUUUCUUUUUUUUUUUUCUUCCCCCAAUACGAAUGUCUGUCUGUCUGUCUGUCUUUUACGGCCUUUAAAACAAGCCAUACCAAAAAAAAAAAAGAAUAAAUAAACAAAUAACUUGUACGUAAAGAUGCCU